CGUGUCAGAGAUUCAACUAAACGGGCCACGGCUAUCCGCAGCCGCCGGACUAAAAGAAAAAACCUUUAUUACGAUAUUAUAUAUAUUUCUCUGCUUUGUGUGGACUCAUAUACGACUACAGCAUUGAAAUAGCGACCUGCACACUCACCCCGUGAUAAUGUUAACCAAGUUUGAGACGAAGUCGGCCCGUGUUAAAGGCCUGAGCUUCCAUCCUAAGAGGCCAUGGGUUCUUGCAAGUUUGCACAACGGUGUCAUCCAGCUGUGGGACUAUCGGAUGUGCACACUCAUCGACAAGUUUGACGAGCAUGAUGGUCCCGUCAGAGGAAUUGAUUUCCACAAGCAGCAGCCCCUGUUUGUGUCUGGAGGAGAUGACUACAAAAUCAAGGUGUGGAACUACAAGCUGAGACGCUGCCUCUUCACUCUGCUCGGACACCUCGACUACAUCAGAACCACCUUCUUUCACCAUGAGUAUCCCUGGAUUCUGAGCGCCUCCGAUGAUCAGACCAUUCGCAUCUGGAACUGGCAGUCCAGGACCUGUGUGUGCGUGCUGACUGGACACAAUCACUACGUAAUGUGCGCCCAGUUCCACCCAUCCGAGGACCUGGUGGUGUCCGCCAGUUUGGAUCAGACCGUGCGAGUGUGGGAUAUCUCCGGUCUGAGGAAGAAGAAUCUGUCUCCCGGCGCUGUGGAGACGGACGUCCGCGGCAUCUCUGGUGUUGACUUGUUCGGUGCAUCAGAUGCCGUCGUUAAGCACGUGCUUGAGGGUCACGACCGAGGGGUCAACUGGGCAGCUUUCCACCCCAGCAUGCCUCUCAUCGUGUCCGGAGCUGACGACAGGCAGGUCAAGAUCUGGAGGAUGAACGAAUCCAAAGCAUGGGAGCUGGACACGUGCCGCGGACACUACAACAAUGUGUCCUGUGCCGUCUUCCACCCACGUCAGGAGCUCAUCCUGUCCAACUCCGAGGACAAGAGCAUUCGGGUUUGGGAUAUGUCCAAGAGGACCGGAGUCCAAACUUUCCGCCGGGACCACGAUCGCUUCUGGGUGCUGGGAGCUCACCCAAACCUCAACCUGUUUGCAGCUGGUCAUGACAGCGGCAUGAUCGUUUUCAAACUGGAACGUGAGCGUCCAGCGUACGCCGUCCACGGCAACAUGCUGUACUACGUCAAGGACCGUUUCCUCCGCCAGCUGGACUUCAACAGCAGCAAAGACACUGCUGUCAUGCAGCUACGCAGUGGGUCCAAGUUUCCAGUGUUCAGCAUGUCUUACAACCCAGCUGAGAACGCUGUCCUGCUCUGCACCAGGGCAACCAACCUGGAGAACAGCACCUAUGAUCUGUACUCUAUUCCCAAAGAAAGUGACUCCCAGAACCCUGAUGCUCCGGAGGGGAAGAGGUCUUCUGGUCUGACUGCAGUCUGGGUGGCCAGGAACCGAUUUGCUGUCCUGGACCGUAUGCACUCUCUGCUGAUUAAGAACCUGAAGAAUGAAAUAGUGAAGAAGGUUCAGGUGCCGAGCUGCGAGGAAAUCUUCUACGCCGGCACGGGCUCGCUGCUGCUGAGAGACGCCGACGGUGUCACGCUGUUCGACGUGCAGCAGAAACGCUCGCUGGCCACCGUCAAGAUCGCCAAGGUCAAGUACGUGGUGUGGAGCGCCGACACCAGCCACGUGGCUCUGCUGGCUAAACACGCCAUCAUGAUUUGCAACCGUAAGCUGGAGAGUCUGUGCAACAUCCACGAGAACAUCAGAGUGAAGAGCGGAGCCUGGGACGAGAGCGGAGUCUUUAUCUACACCACCUCCAACCACAUCAAAUACGCUCUCACCUCCGGUGAUCAUGGCAUCAUCAGGACCUUGGACCUGCCCAUCUAUGUGACCCGUGUGAGAGGCAACAGUGUUUACUGUCUGGACAGGGAGUGCAGGCCACGCGUCCUCACCAUUGACCCCACAGAAUACCGCUUCAAACUGGCCUUAGUCAACCGUAAAUAUGACGAGGUGCUCCACAUGGUGCGUAACGCCAAGCUGGUGGGCCAGUCAAUCAUUGCUUACCUGCAGAAGAAGGGCUACCCUGAGGUGGCGCUGCACUUUGUCAAGGAUGAGAAGACACGUUUUAGCUUGGCUCUGGAGUGCGGAAACAUUGAGGUGGCACUGGAAGCAGCCAAGGCCCUGGAUGAGCGCAGCUGCUGGGAGCGUCUGGGUGAGGCCGCGCUGCUGCAGGGUCACCACCAGGUCGUGGAAAUGUGCUACCAGAGGACCAAGAACUUUGACAAGCUUACCUUCCUCUACCUGAUCACUGGAAACUUGGCCAAGCUGCGCAAGAUGAUGAAGAUUGCUGAGAUCAGGAAGGACAUGAGCGGUCACUACCAGGCAGCUCUCUACCUGGGAGAUGUCAGCGAGAGGGUCCGCAUCCUGAAGAACUGUGGACAGAAGUCUCUGGCUUACCUGACUGCAGCCACACAUGGACUGGAUGAAGAGGCUGAGGCCCUGAAGGAGACCUUUGACCCCGAAAAGGAAACGGUGCCAGAGGUUGAUCCCAAUGCUCAGCUGCUGCAGCCCCCUCCACCCAUCAACCCUCUGGACACCAACUGGCCUCUGCUCACUGUAUCAAAGGGCUUCUUUGAGGGAGCCAUUGCAGCGAAGGGGAAAGCCGGUCAGAUGGCUGCCGACCUGGACAUGGAGGCUCCAGGAGGCGAGGGCUGGGGAGACGAUGCCGAGCUUCAGCUGGAUGAAGAUGGCUUCAUGGAUGCCCAGGAAGGAUUAGGUGAUGAGGGAGGACUCGGAAAAGAGGAGGGAGGAGGCUGGGAGGUCGAGGAAGACCUGGACCUUCCUCCAGAACUGGACUUGCCGGCUGGUGCAGGUGGAGGAACAGAAGACGGCUUCUUCGUCCCACCCACCAAGGGCAUGAGUCCAACCCAGAUGUGGUGCAACAACUCCCAGCUGCCAGUGGACCACAUCCUGGCCGGUUCUUUCGAGACUGCCAUGAGACUGCUCCACGAUCAGGUAGGAGUUGUGAACUUCGGCCCCUACAAGUCGCUGUUCAUGCAGACGCUGACCCGAGGCCGCACCUGUUACCUGGGUCUGCCCUCGCUGCCCUGCCUGCGUGGCAAUCCCCAGAGGAACUGGAAGGACUGUGGGGCAAAGCAGGGGCUCCCUGCUGUGGGCCUGCGCCUGUCCGACCUCAUCGCCCGUCUGCAGCAGUGCUACCAGCUGACAACUUCCGGGCGUUUUGAGGAAGCCGUCGAGCGCUUCAGAGCCAUCCUGCUGUCUGUGCCGCUGCUUGUGGUUGAUAACAAGCAGGAGAUUGCAGAGGCUCAGCAGCUGAUCACAAUUUGCAAAGAGUACAUCGUGGGUCUGACCAUGGAGACAGAGAGGAAGAAACUGCCUAAAGACACUUUGGAUCAGCAGAAGAGGCUUUGUGAGAUGGCUGCUUAUUUCACUCACUGUAAUCUCCAGCCAGUCCACAUGGUUCUGGUGUUGCGUACAGCUCUGAACCUCUUCUUCAAACUGCGCAACUUCAAGACCGCCGCCGGCUUUGCACGUCGCCUCCUCGAGCUCGGGCCGAAGCCAGAUGUUGCACAGCAGACCCGCAAGAUUUUGGCAGCUUGCGAGAAGACCCUGACAGACGCCCACCAGUUGAACUACGACCCCCACAAUCCAUUUGACCUGUGCGCUGCUUCCUUUGUCCCCCUGUACCGCGGACGCCCCGUUGAGAAGUGCCCACUGUCUGGAGCCUGCUACUGCCCCACUUACAAAGGCCAGACCUGCAGGGUCACACAGGUGACGGAGAUCGGUAAGGACGUGAUCGGCCUGCGUGUGAGUCCACUUCAGUUCCGCUGAGAGGUUAAACGAAGAGGACGAGACGAAUGCAUGAAGAAUCGGUUCUGCGAAACACACAUCCACACUUAUUCUAUAGAAAUAGUUCAGUUAUUAACAAGAGAAACAAAAGCAGAGAUAUAUAUGUUUUACUCACAAUGACGUUAAACCUUUUAAUCCUCUUGACUCUUUAACUCUGAGCAUCACCUGUCUUGCAAAUAGCUUUUUUUCUUUGUAAGUGCUGCUGCAUCAUCAUCUGUGCUGUGGCUUUACUGGUGCUGUAAACCUUUAUUGUCCACUGUUUUUCUGACUUGUAUGCGAUGAAUAAUGCAAAAUGAACAGCUGUGUACUACUCUGUGUAUCUGGGGAAAAAAUAAAAUAAAAAAUUAGUGUUUA